UGCGUUUCGGAACCGGAGAGGGGGCUGGUCUGUGGGAGGGACUAGUGCAAAGGGGGGACUAGGACCAGGAGGGGGCGGGGUGGCGGCGAGGGUGCUGUUCCUCCAGUCUCUUACCAGUGUCUUUGUCUCACACUCUUUUGUUAGCCAUGCCUAGCUUGCUGGUUCUAGCAGGGAUCAUGGAGAAAAAUGGGGGCUACGGCGGGGAUUUAGCCGGCUCCGGCUUCGGCAGCGAAGGUCUCCUGGUGCCAAACGAGGAAGAGGAGGACGAUUCCCGUGCCCUUAGAGUUGCGCUGGGCCAACUGUCGCUGCUGGGUCUUGGAGAGGGCGAGGACGGUGCUCCUGCGGGUGGAGGUGGUGGAGUUCAAGACAGGAGUAACAAUAACCACCACAAUCACAUCCCAGCCGAUUCAGGGAUGUUACAAGGGAAGAACAAGUUGUGCGCCCUGUACGAGAGCUCGCCCACCGAAACCAAAGGACGGGGCUGCAACAUAACGGAGUGCGUCCCCGUGCCAAGCUCCGAACAUGUGGCCGAAAUAGUGGGGAGGCAAGGUUGCAAAAUCAAAGCUUUGCGUGCAAAGACAAACACCUACAUCAAGACCCCCGUCCGAGGCGAAGAACCAGUCUUCCUCAUCACCGGCCGCAAAGAGGAUGUGGCCCUGGCCAGACGUGAAAUCAUCUCAGCUGCCGAGCACUUCUCCAUGCUGCGGGCCUCCAGGAACAAGCUGGGCGUCUCUUUCAGCGGCUCGCCUCCUGCGCCGCUACCUGGCCAGACCACCAUACAGGUGCGGGUGCCCUACCGCGUCGUGGGUUUGGUGGUCGGACCGAAAGGCUCAACUAUAAAACGCAUCCAGCAGCAAACGUGCACUUACAUCGUGACUCCAAGCCGCGACCGUGACCCCGUCUUUGAGAUCACCGGCUCCCCUGGGAACGCCGAACGGGCGAGGGAAGAAAUCGAGUCACACAUCGCCUUCCGCACGGGUGGCCUGCAUGACCACAACAAUGAGAACGACUGCUUGGGACCUGACAGCGGCAACGGGGGUCUGGAGAGCCGCCUGCAGCAGGUGUGGGGGCUACAGGGGGCCCCGCGCAAACCGCUUGCCAGCAGCUUCCGCCAGAAUUUCUCAGACGCCAUGGUCGGAAGUAGCAGUGGAGGAGGAGGAGGAGGAGGAGGUGGGAUGUACAGUAAAGGUGACUUUACCAACCAUGGCAGUGGGGACAAGCCAUGCUCCUACUUCGGAUCCGAGGGCACUCAAAGCUGGGGCGAUCCCGACUAUCCCAAACAGGUGGCUUACUAUGCCCAGCAGCGCUCCAAAAGCUUUGGAGGCCUGCCUCUUCCUCUGACCAGACUGUCGCCGGGACUGCCUGAACCGUGUGACACCGGAAACUCAAACGCCGUGGGGUCUCCUCACGCCCAGGCGCGCCGCGCCCACAGCGAGCCCACCGCCAUCACGUUCACCGGACGUCUCCCUGUGCCGGAUUCUCCGCCUGCCGUGGCUCGGGACUGCAUGACCUGUUUUGAGAGCAAAGUGACUGCCGCUCUGGUCCCGUGUGGUCAUAACCUCUUCUGCAUGGAGUGCGCCAUCCGAAUUUGUGAGCUAAACCAUCCGGAGUGUCCUGUCUGCCACACCCUUGUCACACAGGCCAUCCGGAUAUUCUCUUAAAAAGUCGACUUUCUUUUUGCUUUUUUGUUUUGUGGUUCGUUUUUACUCUGUAGAAUCAGUUCACUUUUAACUUUUUUUUUUUUAUUUGGUCUGUAUUCACUUUUUUUAUUUUUCAGAAAACACAAAACCAAAACAAGCAGAUAUUUUAGAACACACUGCUUGGUUUACUAAAAAAAAAGAGG